GCUGUGGAUUUCCACGUACGUAGAAAUCCACCACGCAUUACACUCAACAACUGAGCCUUCCUGCCCAAGCCAAUCCCGGUGGAUGCUGCGAGAAAGCCUUUUAUCACCCGCAUAUCUAGGCAGAUAUAAGCGCCAACCACAAUUGCGCAAGAGACGCCCGGUGCGACCGAAUUCUCCAAUUUCAUUGCACGGUCAAUUUUCAGCUCGACGGCCAAGAUGACUGUUUUUGCGGGCGAAACAGGUUGCCUUGACACGUGCCUUAGGCCGAAGGCCCUUUGUCCAGUGCGGAGAAGUCGUCUGCGUGCUCUGACGAGACUCUUCACUCCUAUUUGAAACUUUUAGCACCGGCUCCCUCUAUUGCUACGGCAGCGCUCCAAAUUGUUGACGCCUUCGGCGCAACAUCGACAUCCGCCAGUCUUUGACAUGCGCAGCGAGAACAUGUCAGUGUACCGAGUUGCCGGCCUUCCGACCAAUGUUUCAGAGCAUGGCGCACAAUCAAUUCUCGACGCCUUCUUCGGCGCCGACGCUGAGUCCAAGAUCCGGUCUCUGGGGCUGCAUCCACAAAGGUCUUCUUCGGUAGUUGCCACAGUUGCCAUUGUCAUGUUCUCUAAGAUGCCGACCUGCUUGAACGGUGCAAGCCCAUGGAAACUCGAGGAGAAGGUUAUCGAGCAUGAUGGCCAGGUGCGCCAUGUCCGGCUCGAAGUCGACACAAAAUUCCUCGGCUUCACUCCACUCAACACCGUCAGUGACAACGAGGAGCAUCAGAUUGACUGUGUUGUCGUCAGUGGUCUCAGCAGCCACCCUUUUGGCUCUUGGAAAGAGAGGGGAGGCCAGUUCAUGUGGCUAGUAGACGACAACGACGCUUACCCAGACAAUGUGCGCAUGCUGCUUUAUGGCUACGACACGUCGCUCGUGGCAAGCAAGUCGUUCCAAGACAUUACCGACAUCGGUGAGAGACUUGCCCUCUCGGUCAAAAGUGUCCGGAAGCCACCGCGCAACAAGACCAGGAUUGAACCGCGUCCGCGUCCGCGUCCGAUAGUCUUCAUUGCCCACAGCUUGGGUGGACUCGUCGUUAAAGAGGCCGUCUGUCACAUGAUUGCCAACGAUAGGUUCAACGCCCAGUGCGUCUAUGGCCUCGUCUUUUUUGGCGUUCCGCAUCAGGGCCUCCUUGUCGAGCCCUGGCUCCGUAUGGUCAACAAGCAACCCAACAAAGGACUCGUCGAGUGCCUCAAGCAUGGGUCCCGCGUUUUGCAGCGCCUGGAUGACAGGUUCAGGGAUGCAUUCAAUUUUCCAGGCUCCAAAGUGAUUUCUGUCUAUGAAACGCUACAGAGUCAGACCACUAAGGAGAAAGCUCCAGGUGUCUGGGACCGGUCAGGAGAGAGGGAAGUGCUCGUGAACACGACAUCUGCAGUUGGUCACUGGCCAGACUGCGUUUCUCACACCAAAAUCGCUGUAAAUCGGAGCCAUGAAGACUUGCCCAAAUUUCGGGGUAGUUUUGACGAAGAUUACCUACUUCUGACGGAUUGCCUACAAGACCUUUGGAGCAGCGCCGUCUCGACCGUACGGAAAAGAGUCGGUACCACGGAACAAGACGCUGACGCGUACGAUGUGUAUGAUGAGGCGGGAGACUCGGAGCCGGCUAUCGAACCGCCGCUCGUUGGUUUGUUGCCUUUAUGGCCCAGGCCAGAAACAGAAGCCGCGGUCAAUAUCGAGACGGACCUUGACUUGAUUGCCAUCCACGGCCUAGCCGGCCAUGCGCUCAACACUUGGACCGAAGGCGACAAGCUUUGGCUACGAGACUUCUUGCCCUGUGGGCUGCCCAAAGUACGCGUUUUGACAUUUGGCUAUGAUGCGGGACUGGUGUUUACCGGUUCAACUUCUAACACGCGCGACUUUGCUCUACAGCUGCUAGAAGGCAUCCGACAACUACGCCGCCGACAGAACGAGAAGGCCGAGCGGAAGACUAUGUUUGUAUGCCAUGACUUUGGCGGCCUUGUUUUCAAGCAAGCCAUGGCUGUUGCUCACGAGAACAAGAGGCUAUACGGCGCCAUCGGCGAGUCGGUCGCAGGCGUCGUCUUCCUGGGCACACCACAUAGGGGGGCUGAGUCCAAGUUUUGGUCGGAUUACUUGACCAAGGUAGCCCGCACUCACAAACUGCCACACAAAUCGUUACCAAACCUCGAAUCAAAAUCAAGCGAGCUUGGCAACGUUUGUUCUCAAUUUACCGAGCGCGGAAUGCGCUUGCAGAUAUUCAGCUUCUAUGAGCGUCUUGUUACGGAGCCACUGGAUUCUUUGGUGGUAGACGAGUUCUCGGCCAUUCUUCACAUACCUAACGAGACUCCUCUUCCAUUGGACGCAAACCAUGUCGGAAUGUGCAGAUAUCUCACGAGCUCAAGCGCCAACUACCUGACCGUCUCUAACUGCAUCACCGAACUUGUCGACACUCUGUCCAGGGACACUGGGCCAACACAAUUCGACCUUGCCGAGCGAAAGUUUCUGUCCAGCCUCGAUGCUGUUGACGAAAUGAAGGUCCUCGAUCUCACACCGGUUUACUUGGGCAAGUCCUCGGAGUGGCUUCGCAAAAACGCAGAUUUCCAAUCUUGGACGAGGCCGCAGGGACGCCAAGUCAUCUGGCUUCACGGAUCACCCGGUUCCGGCAAGACGGUACUUUUGCGAAGUGUCGUUGCCCACCUGGUCCGUCAGAGCGAGGUGUCGGACGGUUCACUAGUUCGCAAGCCGCUCCACUUCUUCUUUGACGACAAAGACUUGACGCGGAAAACGUCGGUCGUGUUUGUGAAGUCCAUCCUCAAACAGAUCCUUUCCGAUAGUCGGACCGCGUUUGUGAUCAAGUAUCUAGAAGAGCAAGUCAAUAAGGAGCACGCCGUUAACGAAGAUAAUCUCUGGAUGUGCCUGACGAAGAUCAUCGAGAGGUCAAGAGGCAUCAUUUUUCAGUUGGUGGUCGACGCCGUCGACGAAGUACUCCGAAACACGUCCAGCGCUUCUACUACCAUUAUCGAGAGGCUCGAGAAGCUCACGUCUCUGGAUUCCAGCGGGCGGGUUCGCAUUAUCCUGUCCAAUCGGGAGAAGCGAUCUUACGAGUUCGCAGAUGCCAACCUCGCCAUGAUCGACGUCAAUAAUGGCACUACACAGCAAAAUGUGCAAGAGUAUGUUUGUGCUUGCGUCCGAAAGUCUCUGGCGAGAUCUUAUAUCUCUUCCAGCGUUGCAGCGGAUAUUGAGGAUAAGAUCAUCGAGAUCUCCCGGGGCAACUUUCUCCAUGCGAGGCUGGCAUGGGAGCAAUUCUCCAGAGGCGUCAGCCAAUGGUCUCGCGAGCAGAUCCAGGACAGCCUGUCGCGGCUGAGCAAAGCGUCCGAGGACUUUGUUGCCGUCUAUUGCAGGCUGCUGCGAAGCAUCCCGACAUCACACCGGAACCAGGCCCGGGCCUCGUUUGCCAUCCUCCGUGUCAGCCGAGAGAAGUUUACGUCCCACCAGCUAGCCUUCCUCGCCACUCUGUACAGCCGAAAGCUGGGCGGCCAGCCGCUGCUUCUCCACGAACUGAAGCUGCAAAGCGCCGACUUUGAGAGCUAUCUAUCCAGGGUCUGCGGAUACAUCAUCAGGAAGGUCGACGACGGCACAGUUGAUUUUGCUCACGUAUCCGCGAAGGAUUUGCUCACACGCAGUCUAGAGGAGCUGGAGCCGGACCAGCGACGAAUCAUGGAAAGGUACAUCGUGUCGGAUCCAGAUGCCCACGCCAUGUUGCAGACAGUAUGCAUGUCUAUUCUCGAAUUCGAAGACCGAGCUCCCGAGGCUUGGCUGAGGGCGCUUCAGAACGUAACCAGAGCUCGGGACGAGCUCGUGAAGUCAUUUGGUACCUUUUUGCUAGAUGAUCAGCAACAACGACAACUGGUCGAGACGGGCGUGUCUUGCCUCGAGCUGAUAGGCAAGACGCCCUGCUUCCUGUACGCACUGCGAUAUUGGGUCACGCAUUACACGCUCGCCGCCCCCAGCUACAGCAACGAUAGGAUGCUGGCAUCAUUUUCUGUUACCCAGACAGCCUACUACUGCCACAUGCUGUGGCUGGCUAUUCGAACGCGAGGCCAAGACGGGUAUUUAAACACAUACGACCAAGUGCACACACAGCCCGGUACAACAGUUACCGCGGCUUUAUUUCGGACGCUGGCUCGAGACGACUGUCCGGGGAUAAUCAAGGCCCUCAUAGCGAACGGCGCGAACGUCAACUCCUUUCAAGAUAUCGAGAGCUUUAUCACGCCCUUGUCGUGGGCCAUCAUAUGCGGACGUAGGGAGUCAUUCCAGGUACUUCUCCGCAGUGAGGACAUAAGUAUCAAUUACGGCCAACCCCUAGCACCGAAGGCCAUCCAUCAUGCGGCACUCCGCACGGCUGAUGUCUACUACAUCCAAACGCUCGCCGAGCACCCUUACACCAACGUCAACAUCAUGGCGAGUGUUGGCACAGCGCUGCAUCAGGCAAUGCGCGAAGAGAAUGUUGCUGCUGUCCAAGUCCUCCUCAACCACCAAUACAUCAGCAUCGACGCUAAGGACAAGGACGGCGAGACCCCCUAUUCGAUGGUGUACAGGAAUAAGGUGUGGGAGCCCGUGAUGGAAAGGAUGCUGCAUUUGGGCGCCGACAAAGCCCUGAGUACAACUAUGGGAGGAACCAGCCCCUUCAUCCUGGCUGGAACACUCGGUUGGAAGCGUAUCGAAGAAGUCAUCCUUAGAGUAGACCACAAGCAAGUCCUGAUGGUCGACCCCGAUACCAAGAUGAAUGCUCUGGCAACGUAUGCAUUUUUUGGUCGCAGGGAGAAGCUGCUUUGGAUCCUCGACCGCCUUCCGCCUGCAACCGCCAAGUUUGGAUUGCGCGGCGAGGGAGAGCAGUACGACGUGCUUCACCUCUGCGCUAACCAUAACUGGGAGGACGUGGUCCACCGACUGCAAAGGCAAUAUCACUUGGUGUCCCUUCCGAGGGACCACGCCGGGAGGACGCUGCUGCACUGGGCCAUGGAAUACAACUGGGAUACUAGCAGGCUGGACCUGGGAGAGUACAGCUCGGACGCUCUCAACGCCCAGGACCGCGACGGCCUGACCGCCGUUCACAUCGCCAUUGCCAACCGUAAUAUGCCGGCCCUGGAGCUCCUCGUGAGUUCCGGCGCAAGCUACAUGAUCACGGACAAGAAUGGCAUGUCGCCCGUCCAUCUUGCUGCGGAGCAGGGUUACCGAGACGCUCUGGAUUUCUUCAUUGAGAUGCCGGAGCGAGAGUUUGGCAGGACUAACACUGGCGCCACCCUCCUCCACCUGCUCGCCUUGUGGUUCGAUGGCGGUAUCCUCAGCCGCUUCGUUCGCUUCAAGCGGGCCAAGCUAAACCUCGUCGACAAGCAGCGCCGCACCGCCCUCCACUACGCCGCCAUGGUCGACAACGUGUCGGCGGCCGAGCAGCUAGUGGCCCUGGGCUGCAAUAGGGAGGCACGGGACGUAAGCGGAAUGACACCGCUGCUCGAGGCCAUCCGCGGCGGCGGCAUCGACACCGCGGAGCAGCUGCUCCGGCUCGGCGCCGACACCCGGGCUAUCGACGCGUUUGGCCAGAGCUGUCUCCACCUGAGCUUUCGGUACGGUCACGACGGCCUCGUGGCCCGUUGCCUAGCCAUGAAGCUCAACAUCGACGGUGUAGACAGGUUUGGUAUGACGCCGCUCCACCGCGCCUGCAGCACGGGCAAGGUAGAGCACAUCGACGAGCUGCUCCGACGUGGUGCCAAGUGGAAUCCAAAGAACAUACAUGACCGAUCACCCAUCGAUCUGGCCGUUGAGUGUGGGAACUUUGAUGCCGUCAAAGCCAUGUUGCUCUGGCUGGAUAAGGAGAGGGCUAGCGAGAGACGGAGGCGGCGCCGGCUGCACACCGCGCUCAAGCUGGCAUGCGAGCUCGAACUCAAGAGUGUAGACAAGAUUCUGGUACAGGCGGGAGCACAAGUCGACAGGAGCAAGAUCAAGGUCCGACGCCUGUACAUGCUUGGACCUAGACCAGAGCCUGGCCGCUUGCGGAUCACAUACUAUAACCCCCCCUCCUACCAUAAUCCCUGGACACCCCACCACCUGAGAAAGUGGUUGAAGUGAUCAGCGCAAUUAAAUAGGUACUGACUCAUCCUGGUCCGGAAUGGUCCGUGCUUUUUCAUUCUCGACGUCAAUAUCCUCUCCAUUCUUGCAAGUCGGUAAGGUCCUGA